AAAUGUUCCAGAAGACCAAGCAGACAAGUUGCUCCUGGCAAGCUGGGGUCUGCCCAAAGCAGUUCUGGAGAAAUACCACCGCCUGGGAGUAGUACAGAUGUUUGAAUGGCAAGCAGAAUGCCUAAUGCUUGGACAGGUUCUGGAAGGGAAGAACUUGGUUUACUCAGCUCCUACCAGUGCUGGAAAGACUCUUGUUGCAGAGCUGCUUAUUUUGAAGCGAGUCCUGGAGACUCGUAAGAAAGCACUUCUCAUCCUUCCCUUUGUCUCUGUGGCCAAGGAGAAAAAAAGUUACCUGCAGACCCUGUUUCAGGAGGUGGACGUGAGAGUUGAAGGCUAUAUGGGAAGCAUGUCUCCUGCUGGACGUUUUUCUGACAUGGAUGUUGCUGUCUGCACCAUUGAGAAAGCCAAUGGUCUAAUCAAUAGACUAAUAGAAGAAAACAAAAUGGACUCACUGGGAGUGGUGGUUGUGGAUGAGUUGCACAUGCUGGGAGACUCUCAUCGAGGAUAUCUGCUGGAACUGCUUCUGACCAAAGUCAGAUAUGUUACAGAGAAGGUUGCAAACCAACAGAUGAAGAUGACCAGUCCUGGUUUUGGUGGGAUACAGAUAGUAGGCAUGAGUGCUACCCUGCCUAACCUGGGACUCCUAGCCUCCUGGUUAGAUGCAGAGCUAUACUGUACAGAUUUUCGACCUGUGCCCCUCAAAGAGUGGGUGAAAAUUGGCAGCAACAUUUAUGACUCCUCCAUGAAUUUAGUGCGAGAAUUCCAGCCCAAGCUUCAGCUGAAGGGAGAUGAAGACCAUGUUGUGAGCCUGUGUUAUGAGACUGUUUGUGAUGGCCAUUCAGUCCUGCUUUUCUGUCCAUCCAAGAACUGGUGUGAGAAGCUGGCAGACAUCAUUGCCAGGGAAUUCUACAGUUUGCAACAGGCAGAGAGUUCUUCAAAAAACCCAGCCCUUGCCCCAGUUGUUGUGGACAGGGAAGGGAUAGAUGAGGUCAUGGAUCAGCUAAAGCGUUCUGUCUCAGGCCUGGACUCUGUGCUCCAACGUACUUUGCCAUGGGGAGUAGCAUUUCAUCAUGCAGGUCUUACUUUUGAUGAACGGGGCAUCAUUGAAGGAGCCUUUCGCCAGGGCUUGGUUAGAGUCCUAGCAGCAACCUCCACGCUCUCAUCUGGAGUCAAUCUGCCUGCACGCCGAGUAAUUAUACGAACUCCCAUGUUUGGUGGCAAACUGCUGGACAUUCUCACUUACAAGCAGAUGGCUGGAAGGGCUGGCAGGAAAGGAGUAGACACAGAGGGUGAGAGCAUUUUAGUUUGCAAGCCCUCAGAAAGAUCAAAAGGCACUGCUCUGCUUCAGGGAUCUCUCAAGCCUGUUUGCAGCUGUUUGCUUAGAAGAGAAGGGGAAGGAGUUGCUUCUAGCAUGAAGAGAGCUAUACUUGAGAUCAUAGUGGGGGGAGUGGCCAACACUCCAGAUGAUGUGCAGACCUACGCUUCUUGUACUCUUCUUGCAUCCAGCUUGAGAGAAAGCAAGUGUGGAGAUGAGAAGGCACAAGACAAAACACAGACUGGACCUAUUGAGGCUUGUGUGAUGUGGUUGCUGGAAAACGAAUUCAUUCAGGUUCUAGACUCUGGCAAUGAUGUGAAAGCAAAGGUAUAUCAUCCAACACAUCUUGGCUCAGCUACUCUUUCCUCUUCUCUUUCACCAACUGAAGCCAUGGAAAUCUUUGCUGAUCUGCAGCGAGCUAUGAAAAGCUUUGUUCUGGAGAAUGAUCUGCAUAUUGUCUAUUUGGUCACCCCAGUGUAUGAAGAGUGGACCACAAUUGAUUGGUACCAGUUUUUCUGCUUAUGGGAGAAGCUACCUGCCUCAAUGAAACGUGUGGCUGAGCUGGUGGGGAUUGAAGAAGGCUUUUUGGCUCGUUCUGUGAAAGGCAAAAUCAUAGCUAAAACAGAGAAACAGCACAGACAAAUGGCCAUCCACAAAAGGUUUUUCACCAGUCUUGCCCUUCUGGAUUUAAUCAGUGAGGUUCCCUUAAAGGAUAUGACCAAGAAAUACGGCUGUAGCCGUGGCCAGCUUCAAUCCUUGCAGCAAUCUGCUGCCACCUAUGCAGGAAUGGUAACAGUUUUCUGUAAUCGACUGGGCUGGCACAACAUGGAGUUGUUGCUUUCUCAGUUCCAGAGCCGCCUCACUUUUGGGGUUCAGAGGGAGCUUUGUGACCUGGUCCGAGUGUCUCUGCUGAAUGCACAGAGUGCUAGGAUGCUUUACAACGCUGGCUUUAUCACAGUGGCUGAUCUUGCUAAAGCCAGUCCUGAUGAUGUGGCAACUGCUCUGAAGAAUUCAGUCCCAUUCAAAAGCGUUCGUAGGGCUGUGGAUGAAGACGAAGAAUCAGCAGAAGAGCGUCGGGCAGUGCGCAGCAUCUGGAUGGCCGGAAUGAAGGGCUUAACUGAAAGAGAAGCAACUUGCCUCAUUGUGGAGGAAGCCAGGGGACUUCUCCAGCAGGAUUUGGCACUGAUGGGAGUACACUGGAACCCAGAGUCUUUUCUUGAGUCUGAUACAUCCUCUGUGAUCAGCAGUGAGUCAGAACUGGAAGAGAGACUAUGUAGAUCAAAUGGAGAACAGUCUUCCGAGUCUUCUAGGGUGUUAAACAAAAAAGAAUGCCAAGUUCAACCUCAUAAUGGCUUUGCUUCUCAGACUGGAAACUUACCAAGUAUUAAAAAGGCAUAUAAAAGGCGACUAAGCAGUAGUACAGAAAACUCCAGAUUUGAGAGUGAAGUCCCAGGCAGCAGACAGACUCGAACAGAGGAGGGCAAUGAUGAUACUGUGUACAAUGCUAGAAAACGGCUUAAUAUCUGCAGAGACAACGAAGACAUUUCUCUGCUCAAAACCAAGACGGAUUCCAGGAGAGCAGUUCCAGAACUCUGUACUGAAAGAGGAAAAACACCAACAUUGAGAACAAAAUCUUCAGCCUCUAGAUUGAUAAAAAGUACAGAUAUGCAUUUAAACCGGAGUAGGAACAAAAAUACAGCUUCAAAACUGCAGAGGUCACUUUUUGAAGAUUCAAAACCACUUAGCAUAAACAAACAAAAGCAGCCUGCUUUCCAGACCACCUGCUCUAAAGGGUCUGUAACUCAUCAAGUCUCAAAUUCUGCACAGAUGGGGGAAAUUAAUCUUGGGAGGAAAGGUAAAAUGGAAGGAUUGUUUACAGAGCCUACCACCACUAAUGAAGGCACAUCUAAGGGGAGAGCAUGUUUUCAGGUGCCUGUUACAUUGCAGGGUACUCCACACAUUGAUGUGGAGACACAUAAUAUUGUAGAAAGUCUAGCCAUAUCUGCUAGUGCUGGGACACAUAGAAAUGAAAAUACCAGUGAUAAGCAGAAUAAAAUUAAUAAAAUGCAAACAGAUGCAAGCUGUGCUGAGGUGAUGAUUACUAAGCAGCAAAUGGCUUUAGAUGCGGAUCACCAUAACAUAACUGCCAGCUCCUCUGGAAAUGGACACGUCUGUAGUGGCAGCAGGAUACAGAAACCUGUGUGGUUUUGCCUUGGUGAGGAUAAAUCCUGUCAUAUUCAGAUUCAGAAUGGUGGCAAAACUGGGAGUGAAAAGCCCAAUGGACUAUUGUUAGAAGCUAGAGCACUGCAGAAAGCCAACAGUCAUCCUCAGGGUUUUCUGAAAAACUCUCUAGUAAAAUCCAGAGAUGUUUGCAAUGCAGGUGAUGUUCCGACUUGUACAUCCUCUCAUCUCUUUUCUGAUUCUAGAGGCUUUGAAGACAGCUUCCAGUUGGAUACUCAAACUGAGAUGAUAAUAAAACAGGAGGGAGCAGCUGGAAUCAGAGGACAGCAGGGAAUAGAAGGUUCAGAGCUGUCAGUGAUACCACAGCAGGAAAUACCCAAGAAACUAAGCACUUCACAGACUGAGAAUGCUACUGAUGAAAGGCUGGAUGCAACAGUUAGGAAACUGAGAUUAUCAAAUCUUAUCACAACAAAUAACAUUAUCAAAACCACAGCUCAGCACUGCAGUGAUGAAAUUUUAGAGUCUGGAGGCCUUAAUCUACAGCCCUUAACAAAGGAAACAGAAUCUGGACCUUGCCUUAAAGAAAGCGAUUUCUCAGUGACUGACUCCCAGCUACACAGUUUUCUACAAGAUUACCAGACCCAAAAUACAGCAAAAGGGGAGACUGCAUCUAGAGACCUUAAUAAAUCAACCUCCCCUUUGGGUAGGGCACAUAUUGUACAAGUAGAAUGCCACCCAGUCCCUGAAACAAGCCUGAAUAUGAGUGAUAGCUUAUUGUUUGAUGAUAGCUUCAGUAAUGUCAGCGAUGUUUCACCUGUUCACAUCAUGGAAGCUGACAGAAAGGAACCUAUGGAGAAGCAAGGGAUUUUGCUUCCUCCAGAAGGUCUUCUGCAGAACCUAAGGCCUGUUCAGAGUAUGCCUCUUGAUGUCAGAGGCAAUCAGAAAGAGCAUGAGGACCCUGUGCAGUGUAAUAAUGUUUCUCUAGCAUUCUCUGAUCUAAUAGCUGAAGUUUUAGACCAUGCAAACUCCCCAUCUAUUCUGGAAGAUCUUCCUUCUACAUUUCAUGGUCAGUUGGGAUUACGAAACUCAGUGUUUUGUAACAACGACCCCAGACCAAAGGAUUUAGUAGGAGAUGAAGGUGAAAAGCUCCAGAGAAGCCAGCAAGCUCUGAACAAGAAAGCCCGUCCACUGGUAUGGACUGACCGCUCAUUUGAACUAAGCCCAGGAUUGCAGGAUGUAUUAGACAAAUGGCCCAGUCCCUCAGGCAUUGAACCAGUUCCUGUAAGCUCCUCUUUGAAAGAAAAGUUGGUUGCUCCUAUUAUUAAUCAAGAGCCAGAUCCAGUUUUUGAAUCUGACUGUUGUCAGCCAGAGCCUUUGCCCACUUGCCAGGAUUUACAAAGCUAUUUCAGGGCUAAGGAAAACAAAAUGGAAGACUUGGAUGUUCAGAAAACAGGCUGCAUAACACUUCCACUCAAGGGAAGCAGCAAAACAUCCUGUCCUCCACUGUGCAGUAAUAACAUGUUUAUUCCUCCAACGCCUCCCCAAGAGCUUUUUCCUAGGAGUUCUGCUUUCUCUGUGAAAUCUGCAAGGAAGAGACAAGUCACCUGCAUCAAUGAAGGGCAGCUGAUUCAGCCACAGCAGAACAGCGAGGGUGAUGCAGAGCAGUGGGUAAAACCCGUCCAAGGCACUCUUGGGAUUGUAGGCCCAGUUGAGACUGAUGAGACAAAAGAUGAUUCCACUAUAGACCAAGACUUUUCACUGCAGCUAUCUCAGGAUGUUUUUCCACUUGUUCCAUUAAGUGCUGAAAGUUUCACUAUUAUUGAUGUAGCAAGUGACAAAGCACUUUUUCAGACUUUUCUUGCAGAGUGGAAGGAGAAAAGCAGAUUCUCCAUCUCGGUGGCAUGCGAAAGGACAAAAUGCCUUUUGUCUCCCAAAUCAACAAUCGGUGGCAAGUUCAAAAAAGUAAGUUCUCAGGGGAUGCAAGUUAAAGAUGACGGCUUUCCUGUUCAUGGCUGCGAAGACAUCUUGGUAGUUGGACUGGCAGUAUGUUGGGGUGGAAAAGAUGCCUACUAUAUAUCUUUGCAGCAGAUACAAGACCAGACUGAAAUCAGCAUGAGUUUGGCACCACCACCUUUGGACAAAAACCUGCCUAUAACAGAGAGACUGUAUCAUCUGCAGCUGCACCUGCAGAAGAAGCCCAAGCAGGAGCGCUCACUUGUCAUGUAUGACUUCAUUCAGCACUACAAGACUCUGUUGAUGGCUUGUGGAAUCUCCUUGGAAGGAAAUUUUGAGGACCCAAAGGUUGCCUGUUGGCUGCUAGAUUCUGACUCCAAGGAACGUACACUCCACAACAUGGUGACCAACUUUCUCCUCAAUGAGCUGCCACUUCUGGAAGGGGUAGGCACUGGCCAAGGGGUGCAGAGCCUGGGGCUCAGUGCCAGCAGGGAUCAUUCUGGGCGGUACAGAGCAGCGAUAGAGUCCGUGCUCGUCUUCAAUGUCAUGAACCAACUCCAUAAUGAAUUGCAGAAGGAAAAUCUGACAGAUGUAUUUUCUAAAGUGGAGAUGCCCACCCAUUAUUGCUUGGCUCUGCUUGAGCUGAAUGGCAUUGGUUUUAGCACGACAGCCUACGAAACCCAGAAACAGGUCAUGCAAGCUAAGCUGAGUGAGAUUGAGACCAAGGCAUAUCAGCUGGCAGGCCACAGCUUUUCUUUGACCAGCCCUGAUGACAUUGCAGAGGUUUUGUUCCUGGAACUGAAGUUACCACAAAAUGGAGAUGUGAACGUUCAAGGGAACAAGAAAACUCUGGGUUACACCAGAAGAUCAAAUGCUAAAGGAAACAGAGUUAGGCUGAGCAAGCAGUUUAGUACAACCAAGGAUGUUUUGGAGAAGUUAAAGGCACUUCACCCAUUGCCAGGGCUGAUACUGGAGUGGAGGAGGAUCAACAAUGCCAUUACUAAAGUGGUGUUUCCACUACAGAGGGAAAAGCGAUUGAAUUCUGCACUGGGAAUGGAAAGGGUGUAUCCAGUGUCACAGACUCACACAGCUACAGGUCGAAUAACCUUCACAGAGCCAAAUAUCCAGAACGUGCCAAGAGAUUUUGAGAUUGAAAUGCCAACUGUGAUUGAAGAAAGCCCACCCCCCCGCGCCCAUGGAAACGUUAAUUCUCGUGCUGUUUCUGGGGGCAGAUGUAGAAAGCCUUCCAGUAUUUUGCUUAAUGGCCUAAAGGUUCAGGCUGAAGACAGAUCCAAAGAAAGAGGAGUACCAUUUUCUGUUAGCAUGAGGCACGCUUUUGUUCCCUUCCCAGGUGGGUUAAUCUUGGCUGCUGAUUACUCUCAACUUGAACUGAGGAUCCUUGCUCAUUUGUCUCGUGACUGUCGACUCAUUCAAGCCUUGAAUGGGGGUACUGAUGUCUUUAAGAGCAUUGCAGCAGAAUGGAAAAUGGUUAAUCCUGAAAAUGUUGGAGAAAGGACCAGGCAACAAGCUAAACAGAUUUGCUAUGGAAUCAUCUAUGGAAUUGGAGCAAAAUCAUUAGGCGAGCAGAUGGAGAUUGAUGAAAAUGAAGCUGCCAAUUACAUUGAAUCCUUCAAAUCAAGAUACACAGGGAUUCAGAAAUUCCUGAGGGAGACAGUAAGGAGCUGCAGAAAAGACGGGUUUGUGCAGACCAUCCUGGGAAGACGGAGAUACCUGCCAGCUAUCAAUGAUCCAAACCCCUACAGUAAAGCACAUGCAGAGCGACAGGCUGUGAACACAACCGUUCAGGGAUCUGCUGCAGACAUUGUGAAAACAGCCACUGUGAACAUUCAGAGAUGCCUGGAAGCUUUCUCCUCUGUGAUCAAGUCCCAUGGACAUCUGGAGAGCUCCUUCCAGAGAGAUAAGGCUGGAACGUUAGUGAGGAAGAGAAACAGAGGGAUGUUACGUCCCACCAGUGGAGGUUUCUUUAUCCUCCAACUCCAUGAUGAGCUCCUCUAUGAAGUUGCAGAGAAUGAUGUCAUCCAGGUUGCUCAGAUUGUCAAGCAUGAGAUGGAAAACGCCAUCCAACUCUCAGUAAAACUGGAUGUUAAAGUGAAAAUUGGGCCAAGCUGGGGAGACCUGCAGGACCUGGAGCUCUGACACGAAGCUCUGCAGCUUUGGCAAGGGCCUGCAGCAGACCUGUGAGCAGCACCAUCCUCCUGUGUUCUGUUCUAGAGCUGCUGUUGCAAGCUGCUUUCUGAAACAUGUGGUGGAAGCUGGUAUGAAUCCACCAAAUCAAACCCUUCAAAGGUCAGACUGCACAGUGUACGAUGUGUUUACAGAACUGUGAAAUGAUCAGCCUCUAAGGCACAGUAUUUGAAUGAAUUCUGUUAAAAUAUGCUUGAUCUUGUAAUUUAAAAAAAACCCAAAGCCUAAUGAAUUUAUUACAUAUUAAAUGAGCUGGAUUAUUUAAUUAAAGCAAAGCACAAGGAUAAUUUGGCAGUUGUUGUGUGUAAUUUUGUCUAGGACAAAUAAAGAAUCAUUGUGUUUGCAGUUACUAUUGAAUUUUA